UAAUUAAAGAUACAUGUAAUAAUAAAACAUAUAUACUUGAUUAUGAUAAAUAUGGAUGUGAUAAAAUAUUGUAUUACAUCUGUAUUUUACAAUAAUUAAAAAGAUACAUGUAAUAAAACAUAUCACAUGGUGUGUGGAAAGGGGGCGGAGCGUAGGAGGAUGCAUGUGUUCGGGCCCUCAGAUGGUGUGUAGAAAGGGGGCGGAGCCAAGGAGGAUGCAUGUGUUUGGGCCCUUGGAUGGUGUGUAGAAAGGGGGCGGAGCCAAGGAGGAUGCAUGUGUUUGGGCCCUCAGAUGGUGUGUGGAAAGGGGGCGGAGCCAAGAAGGAUGCAUGUGUUCGGGCCCUCGGAUGGUGUGUGGAAAGGGGGCGGGGCCAAGGAGGAUGCAUGUGUUUGGGCCCUCAGAUGGUGUGUGGAAAGGGGGCGGAGCCAAGGAGGAUGCAUGUGUUCGGGCCCUCAGAUGGUGUGUGGAAAGGGGGCGGAGCCAAGGAGUAUGCAUGUGUUCGGGCCCUCAGAUGGUGUGUGGAAAGGGGGCGGAGCCAAGGAGGAUGCAUGUGUUUGGGCCCUCAGAUGGUGUGUGGAAAGGGGGCGGAGCCAAGAAGGAUGCAUGUGUUUGGGCCCUCAGAUGGUGUGUGGAAAGGGGGCGGAGCCAAGGAGGAUGCAUGUGUUUGGGCCCUAAGAUGGUGUGUAGAAAGGGGGCGGAGCCAAGGAGGAUGCAUGUGUUUGGGCCCUAAGGUGGUGUGUAGAAAGGGGGCGGAGCCAAGGAGGAUGCAUGUGUUUGGGCCCUCAGAUGGUGUGUGGAAAGGGGGCGGAGCCAAGGAUGAUGCAUGUGUUUGGGCCCUCAGAUGGUGUGUAGAAAGGGGGCGGAGCCAAGGAGGGUGCAUGUGUUUGGGCCCUCAGAUGGUGUGUAGAAAGGGGGCGGAGCCAAGGAGGGUGCAUGUGUUUGGGCCCUCAGAUGGUGUGUGGCAACGGGGCGGAGCCAGCAGGAUGACCUUAGUGAUGAUGUGAGAAGAAGAGUUUCCAGGAGACAAGCAUCUUAACGAGCGCAUGCUUCCUGCUGGGCAAUUAGGUGCGGCUAAUUAACAAGACAAGUGUUUUCUGGGACGACCCUGAAUGUUGCCGUGCGUCAGUCCACUCGCCUACUAAUGACCGACGCCCACCUGUGACCUUACGGGACGGAGGACUCCUUUUAAAACGGUCAACUCCAACUUUGCACCGCAGAACAUCAAAGUCGCUCCAAGAUGUGGGCGGGUCAGCAUCCCGGCAGCUCGCCCUUCACCCUGCUCUCCCUAACUCUCCUCUUCCAAGCCCCGCCCACGGUGACAUCACACCCUCGGCCGCCCUACCAGGUGAUGUCGGGGCCGGGGCGCCUCCACGCCCCCCACAGGAGUCCCUGGGCGUGGCCGCAGGAGCAGCGGCUGGAGGCGGCGUCCUUGGAUGAGGAGCACGUGUUGGUGCGUGUGCGGCAGGCGGGGGAAGACGGCGAGGGCGUGCGCUCCGGCGGCCCGCUGACCUCCAUGGUGGGCGGGCUGCAGAGUGUCAGCCGGGAGAAGGGCGGCUUCGGCUUCCGCUUCGGCAGGAAGAGAUGGACCAAUGAGGCCUGGAGGGGGCGGGGCUAAAGUCCCAUGGACUCUUCUUCUUUGCACAGCCGUGACAUGAAACCAUGGCAACCAUCACUUCAA